AUGGCCUUCGAUGUGCUCCUGGAACAAGCUGGAGGUCUGGGGAGAUUUCAGAUCCUUCAGGUGGCUCUCUUUUUUGUCACCAGUAUGAUAACAUACCCUCAUUUGCUGUUGGAGAACUUCACUGCCGCCGUCCCUGGGCAUCGCUGCUGGGUGCCCCUCCUGGACAACCACACGGCCUCUGGCAAUGACUCUGACAUCCUCAGCCAAGACGCCCUCCUGAGAGUCUCCAUCCCACUGGACUCAAACCUGAGGCCAGAGAAGUGCCGUCGCUUCACCCACCCCCAGUGGCAGCUCCUUCAUCUGAACGGGACCUUCCCCAAUGUAAGUGAGUCAGACACAGAGCCCUGCGUGGAUGGCUGGGUGUACGAUCAGAGCUCCUUCUCCUCCACCAUUGUGACUAAGUGGGAUCUGGUAUGUGAAUUUCAGUCACUAAAAUCAGUGGUUCAAACCCUGUUUAUGAGUGGGUCACUACUGGGAGGUCUGGUGCUUGGCCGUCUUUCAGACAGGUAUGGCCGGAAGGCGAUAUACACAUGGUGUCUCCUCCAGACAGCCAUCGCUGACACCUGUGCAAUCUUUGCUCCCACCUUCCUUGUUUUCUGCAUAUUUCGCUUCUUGGCAGGGUUGACUACCACAAAUAUUAUGGCAAAUGCUUUCAUUCUCGCAACAGAGUGGACAGUGCCCAAAUUACAAUAUAUAGGAGUAACACUGAUACUGUGUUCCUACAGUAUUGGGCAGAUGCUCCUGGGAGGAUUAGCUUUUGCCAUUCGAGACUGGUACACACUGCAUCUGACUGUGUCUAUACCCCUGUUUGUCCUUUUCUUGCUCUCCAGAAGGCUGGUAGAGUCUGCUCGGUGGCUGAUUACCACCAAUCAGCUAGAUGAAGGCACAAAGGCACUUAGAAGGGCUGCACGCAUCAAUGGAAAAAAGAAUGCUGGAGAGAUCCUGACCAUUGAGUUCGUGAGAUCCGCCAUGCAGGAGGAGCUGAACAAAGCCCAGACCAAAACUUCAGUUAUUCAGUUGCUCCGUGCACCCAAACUGCGCAUGAGAAUCUGCUUCUUGGGCUUUGUAAGACUGGGAGCCGCUGUACCUUUCAUGGGCCUGAUACUCAACCUGCAGGACUUGGGGAGCAGUAUCUUCCUGUUCCAGGUGCUCUUCGGAGCCAUCACAUUCAUAUCCAGAUGUUCUGCCCAUUUGAUAAUGAAACAUAUGGACCGGCGAAUAAAUCAGUCAUUGUUUUUCUUCCUGGUAGGACUUUGCAUUCUGGUCAACACCUUUUUGUCCCAAGAAAUGCAAACCCUGCGUGUGGUUUUAGCCACUCUGGGAAUUGGUACAAUUUCUGCUGCCAAUGCUACUUUUUCUGUCCAUGCUUUGGAACUCAUCCCCACCACAUUCAGGUCAACAGCUGCAGGAAUCAAUAAUGUGUUCUCAAGAAUUGGGUCAGUACUGGCCCCCCUCCUGAUGACCUUAGUGGUGUAUUCUCCCCACCUGCCCUGGAUCAUGUAUGGAGUCUUCCCCAUCCUUUGUGGCCUGAUUGUGUUUGGCCUUCCGGAAACCAGGAAUCAGCCUCUUCCUAACACCAUUCAGGAUGUGGAAAAUGACACAAAAGAAGCAAGAAAAGUGAAGGAGGAAGAUACUUUCAUAAAAGUAACAAAAUUUUAA